CACUACAGCAUUGCGCUAGCAAGCAGAAAAAUUGUGGCAGUCGAUUUUAGCUAUUCGUUGCUGAAAGCCAAAACCAAAAUCAACUCGACCGUUACGUACGAAGCACGAAAAUCGAACACCACCACUACCAAGCGACCGAGGAUGAUGACCCACUUUUCGGAAUUUUCUCAUUAAGAAAUAGCAAUCUUGGUGUUAGGUUCAGAAAGAAUUUAGCGUUAAAAUAAAUGUGUAAAUAUUUGUGUAUAUAUAUAAAAGUGAAGCGCAAACAUAUGCUUUAUAAUUAAUAGCAGUUAAAUAAGCUAACAUCAAAAAUAAAAGCAAAUGUGGAGGUAAAACCACAUUAGAUGCAGUAGAGGAGUACACAUUGGAAAAUCUGCAGGCAUAAAAAUUCGCUCUAUACUACAAAAUCACCCCUGAACUCCGCAAUCCAGCGCGCAGCAGUAGGCGUAACAGCAAAAAAUGUGGAGCGCCAAUGGAGCACCAGCGGAGCGCUAGCAGAGCCUAUACAGAAAACUGCUGGCACGAAGUUGUAUAAAAAUCGGUCACAAUGCUUCUUUCAUGGUUGCGCGAGUGAAAAUGUGCUAAAAAUGUGCUUUCUGCAAAAUAUUGAAUGAAAUGGGCUAGAAGUGUAAAAAUUAUGUAGAUAGAAAGAAAAGUGUAACAAUUGCGUAAAUGUAUAAAUCUAUAAAUUGGCCGGGUGGUAGAGUUAAAUUUUUUUCGAAAACAAAGUAUCCGACGAUGUUGACGAUUAAAGUGGAAAAAUAGAUACUUGAGUUAUUAGCUCUGGAUGAAAAAAUAAGCAUUCAAAGAAGGUGUGAAAAAAUUGUAAAACAUAAAAUACAUACAUAUACAUAUUUAUAUAUUUGCAUUUAUACCCAUUGAAAUGCAUUUAUGAAAAAUAUCUAUAUUCCACCGGAAUGCAAAUGUAAACGAGUAAUCAGCAUCAUACAAAUACCACGGAGUAUAAUGAAUUAGUAAAAAAAUUACAUAUUUUCUAAUUUGGGGCACCACUCAUUCGUGUGUAAUUAUAAUAAAGGGACAAAUAAUAAUUAUAAUAAAAGCACUACACCUAAUUGAAAUAUAUAAAAAAUAUUAUUGAAUUUGCAAAUAGUUAAAAAUAUCACCAAUAAAAAUUCAACUCGCAAGUAAACGUGCAACUACAUAUGUAAGGAGUAGGUACGAAGGAGAGUUUAACUUUCCAACGCCAAAAAAGCAUAUCGACACGGUAACGUGCAGGAAGUGGUAGUGAAGGGUCAGCAGGUGGCACAUUUUAAAGAGUGACAAAUACACACACACAUACACAUCCACGCAGACAAGAGCGCAAGGAGACGUGCAGUUGGAGGACAAGCACGUAAGCGACGGCAAAGGUGUUCUACUUGAUUGCGUUGACGUUCGCACGCUCACACAAUCACACGCGCCACCACGCUCGUAGGCACAUUUUAUCAUUGCAUGUGCUCGUACACUAUCGGCUUCGCCGUUAUAGUACUGGUUCAUUGCCUGUCGGUUGACUGGCGAAAUUUAUUGUUGCUUGCUAAAGCAAAUCGCAUAAAUGAUUUCAUACGGCCAGCAACGGAUGGAGCAACAACAAAGAAAUCAACCGAACUUACGGCAACAGCAAGAAGGUAACAAAAUUAGGGAGAACGUUAAAACUACCAAGAACAAAAGGACCAACAACAACAAUCCCAACACAUAUAACUAAAACAAAGCAAAAUUUCACAACUGCAAAAUCGUAAAAAUUCGCUAAAAUGCCGUACGAGUCCAUGCACCAUCAUCAGUCAUCAGCGCCUAACGGUAUGUUGGACUCAUUGAGUUUGCAACUCCGUGAUGCGGAGAUGCGGCGCACUGAAAUUGAGCGCGCACAUCAGGAAACGUUGGCACAAAUACGCAAUAUGUCGAGCAGCAGUCGCCCGGAUACGGAAGCUGUCGAGAAUCUGCAGUCGCGCGCGCGUGAACUUGAGAAAAAAGUCGCUUUGGAAAAUGUACGCUGCGAGGAAUUGCAAAUUGAAUUAACGUCUGCAUUGAAGGCAAAGGCUGCGCGUUCUGGCGGUAGUGACCGAGGCAACUAUGGCGGCAUUUCGGCAUCAAGCGCAAGUGCUUCUUCAGCGGCCGUCACAUCGGGCACAAGUUCCACUGUCACAUGGGCACCGACAAUCAGUCAUCAGGACCAAGGCACUGAAAUCGAUAUCAUAAUGGCGAAAAUUGAACAGGAUAAUCGUGUAUUGGCCGAGUUGGAGCAGCCCCGUACAUCGGCCAUGGGCAUGUCCUCGAUGCCAACAAGUUCCAUAUUGAAUAACGCAAAUAGUGAAUUUAAAACCAUAUCAAAAAGCGAAUUAGAAGAAGAGCUGAACCGUUAUAAGCGAGCAGUGUUGGGCGGCACAAGCGGCACCGCCGUCGGUAGUUCGGCGCUCACCAGCAGCUAUGGUACCGCAGCCACCACCGGCGCUGGUGGCCUACCAUCAUCGCUUACCUCCGCUUUGCCGAAUGGCGCUAGCGCCAUGUCUGCCGCAUUAGUUGGUAGUGGAGGCACCAGCGGUGUUGGUGUUGGCGUUAGUGGAGGUGGUGGCAGCAGUGUCGGCAGUGGUGGUGGUAGUGGUAGCAGCGGUCCAGUCGGUGGCAGCGGCGGCGGUGGUGUUAUGGGCCUCUCAUCUAUAUCAGCGCUGGUGCCCAACUCCAUUGGCGGUAUAUCGUCGAGUUUGAGCAGUCAUGCCAUACAAUCGAUGAACACGGCCGCGUCCGCCUAUGGCGCUGGUCCCACGUCCGUUGAGAAACUGCUAAGCGGAACAAGUGGAAUCGCUGGCGGCAUUCCACCAUUGCCGGUAAAUAUUCAUACGAUGAAGUCUAUGCCAUCAGCAUUAAGUCAGCGUGGCACAAUACAACUGUAUAAUUUACAGAGCACAACCAUGCCCAUCUUGUCGUUGAACGCGCAUAACAUACCGACCGGUACGAGCAGUUACUCGGCACUGGGGCUAAGUGGUGCCGGCACUGUUGGAGUGCCAUCGUUGGGCUCGUCGCUGACACACCCCGCCUUGGGUAAUAUGCUCGAUACGAGUACCCUGCUCGGCACUACUGGUUUGUCGGGUUUGAGCGGUGUGGGGGCCGCCUCUUCGUUGUAUGGAUUGGGCGCUGGCACCGGCAUCGGUGGUUUAAGUGGACUCACCAGUGGUCUAUCUAAUUCUUAUGUCCCACCUUACAUUGAUGUGGGUUCGAGCGCCUCAUAUCCCUACUCGUCGGCUGCAUUGCGUACUGCUACGAAAAUGAAAAUGCUCGAUGAGAUUGACAUACCAUUGACACGUUAUGGAAAUCGCAGUUCGCCGUGCUCACCAAUACCGCCUAGCACGUGGGGACUCGAUGAGUUCACUGAUAGUUUAAGUGCUUCAAUGUUACAUAAUCGUGGCAAUUUGGCGUUGGGGGCAUUGGAUUUGGAAACGCGAAAUCACAAUUUAAAUGGCGUUAGUGAACCACAAGUAGAUAUGUUGGACAUACCGGGCAAGGGACGAUGCUGCGUCUUCAUAGCACGUUUUCCAUAUGAUCCACCAGAGGAAGCUGAAGGUGAAUUAUCUCUUUGUGCUGGUGAUUAUUUACUCGUUUGGACCAGCGGUGAACCGCAAGGCGGGUAUUUGGAUGCCGAAUUGCUGGAUGGUCGGCGAGGUCUUGUGCCUGCCUCAUUUGUGCAACGUUUGAUUGGUGAUGAUCUUUUGGAAUUCCAUCAAGCAGUACUGUCGACAUUGCGUGACGCCGAGGAUGGUUCUAUGCAAUGUGAUACUACUUCGUUGCCCUCGCUGCCGCCUCACAACCCUUUGCUCACACACACCCAGGAGGACUUGGCACGUUUGAGUGAGACGCACACAGAUUUGGAACAUGAUCAAGAUGACAUAAGUGAUAAUGUUCCAGCACCGAAGCACUUAACGUUGGAGCGCCAGCUAAAUAAAAGUGUCCUCAUCGGUUGGUCACCACCGGAACCAGUAGGCUAUAAUCUCAUUGACAGCUAUCAUGUCUAUGUUGACGGCGUCCUGAAAGUAACGGUAAAGGCUAAUGAGCGGACACGAGCGCUUAUAGAGGGCGUGGACUCAAAUAGGCCGCAUCGUAUCAGUGUGCGUAGUGUUACACAGAAUCGUCAGACAUCACGCGAUGCAGCAUGUACAAUGAUUAUUGGACGCGACACCUCGCAUUUAGGCCCUUCAGCGGUGCGUGCUUCGCAUAUUACCUGUUCAUCGGCAGUCAUAUCAUGGUUACCGGCCAACUCAAAUCAUCAGCAUGUGGUGUGCGUGAAUAAUGUAGAAGUGCGUACGGUCAAACCGGGUGUAUAUCGCCACACCAUUACCGGGCUGGCCCCGAGCACACAAUAUCGAGUCACAGUGCGGGCUAAACACCUGCGAGCAGCGGGUGGACAACCUACACCGGGACGUCCACAGGAGGAAGCACCGGGUGCGUAUGCUGAUUUCCGUACGCUGACUAAGGGCUUGCCCGACCCGCCACAGGAUAUCCAACUUGAGGCUGGUCCUCAAGAUGGUACCAUUUUGGUGACAUGGCAGCCGGUUAACCGGCCAACAUCUUCUGGCCCCGUAACCGGCUAUGCUGUGUACGCCGAUGGUAAGAAAGUAACAGACAUAAACUCACCAACUGGGGAUCAUGCGCUCAUCGAUAUCGGCAAACUGGGCGUAUUCAAUCCACGUGCGGUCACCAUACGCACCAAAUCCCGAGACGCACAAUCAGCCGAUAGUGCACCCAUACUAAUACCAAAUACUGUGCGCAGUGCAGUAGGUCGCCGAGGGCCUCAACAAAUGGGCAUGGGUCCGCAACAAAUGCAACCCGGUACCCAUGGCAUGCCCGGCCAAAUGAGCAUGCCUGGUCAAACGCAUCAGCAACAACAGCAUAUGAUGGGCCAGGAUCUGCAUCAAUAUGACCCAAAUCAACAAAUGCAACACGGACAACAACAACAAACCGGGCAACAACAACCAGGGCAGCCAGGACCACAGCCUGACGGAAGCCAUGGCUUAUUAGGUGGGCUGCUCGGUGGCCUCUUCUCAAAACCCACUACUCAGAGUCAAGUGAAUCAGAAUGUCAAUGGAUAUCAGCCGGGUACAGGGCAGAGGCCCAUGAUGCAGAGCCGACCACCUGGCCCACAGAUGAUGGGUGGACAACAACCUGGCCAGCAGCCUUAUGGUCCACAGGGGCAAAUGGGUGCACAGCAACGUUUCCCCGGUCAACGUGGGCCCGCACCAGGGCAGAUGCAAGGACAAAUGCCCGGACAAUUGCAGGGGCAGAUGCAAGGUCAAGGCCAAAUGCCAGGGCAAAUGCAAGGUCAAAUGCCCGGACAAUUGCAGGGGCAGAUGCAAGGUCAAGGCCAAAUGCCAGGGCAAAUGCAAGGGCAGAUGCAGGGACAAGUAUCCGGCCAGAUGCAAGGUCAAAUGACCGGGCAAAUGCAAGGUGCUAUGGGUCCUCGAGGCCCACUAAAUCCACAACAACAAAUUCAGCAACAGCAACAACAACAUCAGCAGCAGCAACAACAGCAACAACAACAGGGGCAAAUGGGUAUGGGCCCUGCCCAGCAACCAUUAAAUCAACAACAACAAUUGGCGGCACAAAAGAAACCACGUUAUUUCGUUGCUAUGUUCGACUAUGAUCCAAGCACAAUGAGUCCAAAUCCAGAUGGAUGCGACGAAGAACUGCCAUUCCAAGAAGGUGACACAAUAAAGGUUUAUGGCGAUAAAGACGCCGAUGGCUUUUAUUGGGGUGAAUUGCGUGGUCGUCGUGGCUAUGUGCCUCACAAUAUGGUAACGGAAGUGGAUGAUGGUACCGGCGGAAUGGGCCCAAUGCCGGGCGGACCACCGCAGCCUGGGGGCCCGGGUCAAGUGAUGCCCGGCCAGGGAGGGCCUCAGCAAAGUAUGCGUAAUGUAAGUCGCGAUCGUUGGGGUGAUAUCUAUGCAAACAUGCCGGUGAAACGUAUGAUCGCACUGUAUGAUUAUGAUCCGCAAGAGCUGAGUCCGAAUGUAGACGCGGAACGUAAGGAAACAAGUAGCGGUUUCUUAGGUGGUUUCAUAGAUGAUCUUUUUGGGACUCCCCAAGCCAAUAAAAAAGUUACACGAAAUCAGGUGGAAUUGAGCUUCAAAACGGGUGAGGUAAUACUCGUUUAUGGUGAUAUGGACGAAGAUGGUUUCUAUAUGGGUGAAUUGGACGGUAUACGUGGUCUCGUGCCGUCAAAUUUCCUCGCCGAAGCACCCGAUCAGUACAACAAUCAAAUGGGACCGGCAGGACGUGGUGGCUUAAGUCAACGGGGUAGAGGACAAGGCCCCGGCGCCAGAGGGCCACCGCCACCACCCAGAGACAACAUGAUGCCCGGCAUGACUGGGCAACGUGGUUCUACAGGCAAAAUUGAAGAUGCUCGCCCUGCUUCCCCUACACUGUUAGACAACACGGGCCUCCCUGCCCCCGAUCACCAAACGCAGGGGAUGAUCGGUCGCGGUGGUAAUAUUGGUAUGCAACAACAACAACAACAACCAUAUGGUCAGCAACAGACACAACAGCAGCAACAACAAAUGGGUAUGGGUCAAAUGGGGCAACAACAGCAGGGCAUGAUGGGACAACAACAACAACAGCCAAUGGGAGGACAAAUGGGCCAAAUGGGUACUAUGGGUCAGAUGGGGCAGAUGACGCCGCAACAGCAACAGCAGCAGCAGCAGCAGCAGCAACAACAACAACAAAUGGGCAUGGGCGGGCAGAUGGGACAAAUGGGUGCCAUGGGGCAGCAACAGCAGCCCGGCAUGAUGGGCGGGCAACAACAAAUGGGCAUGGGCGGUAUGGCAGGACAACAACAACAGCAGCCGCCCGUAACGACACAGUCAUCUGGUGGUUUAUUCUCCGGUGCUACAAGCCUACUCUCAGGUGCUACUUCGGCUGCCACCGGUGGUCUAUUUGGUUCGAAACAACCACCGAAACAAGAUCCAAUGCAACCACCAGUCGGUGCGCAGCCAAUGCAGCCAGGCCAACAACAGCCACCGCCGCAAGGGCAACAGCCACCGCCACAGGGUCAGGGACCAGGGGCGGGGCUGUUGGGCGGACUAAAAGGUAUUGCAGCGGCGGCGCCCGGUGGGGAUGUGCUUUCAAAAGGCAAAGAUCUCUUUGGCAAAUUUGGAUUCGGCUUUGGCAAAUAACCCCGGUCAUUUUGUAGGGCAUUUCUAUUUAUAUUGUAUCUAAAUUUGUAUUUAUUAUUAACUAAAAGAUCGAUACAACAAAAAUCACUACUAUUAUGAUCGCUUAAAAAUAUAAAUUAUAAUAACAAAAAUAAGGAAUAUUAUAAAUAUGAUUAUGAUUGUAAAUCAUACAAAGCAAUUGAUUGCAAUGGUGAUUAUAAAAAACUAAAGGUACUAGUAUUUUUUAUCACAUAAUGACAAAAGUAUGCAAAGCGCCAAAAAACUGAUAGUAAUAUUUAAUAAAAUUAAUUUUUGUGUUUUCCCCUUUUUGGCGGGCGAAAAUACAAAGCCAUAUUUUACAUACAUAUGUACAUACAAUAUGUGUAUAUACCGAGCGGCUAAAAGAAGGCCGUGCUAAGGUGUCUUUUGACACAGAGGCAUAUAUAUAUAGUGUGGUCACCGUACGGAAUACGAUAGAAAAUGGCGAUGGAAGAAGGUCUUGGGCGCUUGAAUUGAAAGCGUAUAAAUAAAAUAUGCGGAAAUCAACCCAAAUACUGUGAGACAAAAGCUAGUAAAAUUUAAGUACACAAAAUUACACCAAGACACAUAUGAAUGCCCCAAUCGAUCACAUACACAUAUACAAAUUAAAGUGAAAUUUUGAAGAUACCACUUUUAAGUCAAAAAUGCAAUAAUAUUCAACAAGAAAUAAUUUUUAAAAAAAUCACCUUGAAUGACGUUUAUUAAAAUUUAUAUGAAACUAACUCUUAAUAUGCAAUUUAAUUGAAUUCUUCGUGUAUUUACAUACGAACGUACAUACAUAUAUAAAUGCAUACAAUAUGUUAUCUAUACCUAGCUACACAUAUAAACACAUAUAUAAAUAUAAUAAUAUACAUACAUAUUUCCAGGCAAUGCUAAAUAAAAUUAUACAUACUGCAUACACAUAGAACAUACAUAUAAAAAUUAAUAAAUAAUAAUAAUAUUAAAAAGUAAAACAAUAUAUAUAUAUAUAUAUAAAUAAAUAUAUGAAUAUAUUUACAAGAAAAAUAAUUAUUUGUUACGCACAUUGUUAAAUUUGCUACUGUUGCUGACCAGUUUAUAAAUAAAACAAAAUGAAUAUAUAAAAAAUUUGAAAGGCAAAAAUAUAUGAAUAUAUAUGGAGAAAGAUGAUAAAAAGUAAUAUAAUAACGCAUAAUAAAAAACAGGCUACUCACUAUGUAUUAUAUGAGUGUAUGGAAUAAAAAUAUUAAAAACAAAUCACAACAUACAAAAAAAACAUAUAUCUAACCUAUACUAAAUACAUUAUACAUAUUAAAAAUGAAUGAAACCAAAGAAAACAACAUUAAAUUCAAGAAGGGAACAAGUUUGGGAGAAUGAAAAUUGAAGUACACUCUAUGUGAGAAAAGUACACCUGUAAAAUGAUUCGUAAAGACAAAGAAGUAAAUGGCUUCAAAACUGCGAAAGAGUACUAUGUAUAUAUGUACAAGCAUAUACACACUGACAUAUAAUAUAUACAUAUAUAUAUACAAUGAUAUAAGAUAAAAGUGAGUUUGAAUGAUAUAAGAAAUCUGCUUUAAAAGUAACACUUAAACUUGAAUGCUAAUACUUUAACUGAUACGUACAUACAUACAUACAAAAAUUUAGUUAAAGCUAUUUCCAAUUGAUUAAUACUACGCGAGUGAAUUUAAAAAAUUUAAUCUAAAUACCAAAAUUUAACAAAACAUUUCCUAAACUAAUGCAAUUAAUUCAAUGAUUAAAAGCAAACAAAAUAAAAAAUAACGCUUUUCGUUAGUAAACUGUAAAAGAAACCUAUAAAAAGAGAAGAUACCAUAAUUUUUCCUAACAUUUGCUUAUUCAUGAUUUGCUUUUAACAUCUGAGAUAUACACAUACAGAUGCCAAAGGCAAUUGUCAUUUUCACAUCAAAUUCUAUGCGCUAUAGUUCAACUUUGCAUUCAUUAGAGAAAACUGUUUAUUUUUCAAACAAUAAUGCUUCAGAAGAUAUAUGUAAAUUCACUAAUACAUAUAUGAUAUACAAGUAUUUAUAAUAAGCAAAUAAGAUACACAAGUAUGUAUGCUUGUAAAUUAAAAAAAUUUAAAACCGCGUCCUAACCUCGCAUUUUUUACUUUGCCCCUAGUUGACUGUCUAUUAUCUAUGUUAAAACUUAACCUAGUAGUCAUCUCUUGCGGCAUUUUAAAUAAUCUCUACAGCUUUUACACUCGAUCAUAAAACCUUUAUGUAUGUUUUAAAACUAAACUUUUGAUUUUCCAGUAUGAUUUGGUAAAAUGUUAAAAAAGUGGCAUAUAAAUUAAGGGUUCAAAAAGAAAGGAUUUUGAACAUCUUUUCUUAUUUUAGAAAUCUUAAAAAAAUAAAAUUAAAUGUACUAUAAACAAGUAAGGAUGGCUAAUUUCGGGUGUAACCGAACAUCCUAUACUCUCGCAAGGUAAAGUGAUAUAUGUGAUUUCCGUAUUUAUUUUAAUUAAAAGUGCGAAGUAUUUCAUCUGUUAUUUACAAUCACAGGCAAGAGGAUACUGUUAUUAGAAAGAGUUUUUUUUUCUGAAUUUCCGUACCUGUACCGAUCGGUGUUACAAAGUCGACCAGAAGUUCGAAAAUAUUUAUAUCAGGUAUAUGGGAGCUAAGGGAAGUAUUGAUCCAAUGGCACCCAUUUUUGGCACAAGGGCAUGCUGUCAUCAAAAAAAUUUUCCUCCGAAUGUCAAUACUAAACCUCACGGACCUCACAGAUUGACCGAUAUGUUCGGUAAAAAAUUAGCCACAUGCACUGGGGCCUGUAUAUUUGGUUCCUGGGUUCUUGAAAAGAUAUGGAAUUUGAAAUCUUGCUAUAUGGGACCUAGACUUAGAAAUCAAACAUCAGUUAUCAAAAAAAAACUUUGCCCUCAAGGUAUUUCGUGGCUUUUAUCCGAUUUCGUUCAUUUUCACAGUGUUGGAUAGGAAUAUGUUAUUUGGGUUAUAUCACACACCAAAUUCGGUUAAAAUUGGUCAAGUACCUCCUGAGAUAUAGAAUUUCACCAAAAGGUGGGUGGUGCCACGCCCAAUGUCCAACUUCGUGGCUCAUUUCUUCAGUGAGUUAUUGUACUUUUAGUAUUUUUCAACAUAACCGAUAUAUGGGGAGUGGGCGCAGUUAAUACCUGAUUUUACCCAUUUUCACAGCGUAUAAAGAAGUGCUAAAAGGACUUCUUCUCAAAAAGUUUUUUAGGGUUAUCUUUAGCGGUUUGAAAGAUAUGUACAUUUACCUAUUUAGGGGGCGGGACCACGCCCACUUUAAACAAAUUUUUCCUCCACAGAUGUCCCUUGCUAUUGCAAUCCUCUGUCCCAAAUUACAGUUAUAUCUUAAUUUAGUGCUUAGUUAUGGCACUUUAUAUGUUUUCGUUUAAUGGCGUAUUGUGGGCGUGAUAUGUAGAAAGUGUUAUCAAGCUAUUUCAAUUUCUACUCAAGUUAUCGAUUACAAAAACAGAGAGAACGGGCAGGCAGUCAACCUGAUUUCAACUUGUCUCGUCAUCGUUAUUAUUUAUAAAUAUAUAACUACCUAUGUAUAUAUCUCGAUUAGUUUGUGGUGAUACAAACAACCGUUAGGUGAACAACCGUUAGGUAGCAAAAUGUUGCGAGAGUAUAAAAAUGCCAUUUGCUUUUUAUAUACCGUUGCCUUCGCUUUCAACGUUUCUAGAAAAUUUGAACUUAUCCUUUGGUAAAUGAGCAUUCGAAAACAAAACAUUUUUGUUAUAAAGAAUAUAGAUAAAAUUAUUAGAAUGAAAAAUCUCUGGAUAAAGUUUCACUAACACUUUUUAAUACACACAGCUGUCGCUGAAAACUUCCAAAAAAAUUAAUUAAAUAAUAUAUUAUAUAUUAUAUAUAAAUAGUAAAAUUAAUUGUUAAUUAAUUGUUAUGUUGUCUUUUCGACAUUAACAUUGCUUUUAAUUUUGAAAGUUAUUACUUUUACCUUUUUUGCGUUUGAAAACUAUAACAAAAUUUAAAGAAGAUUUAUUUUAUAAAUCUUGACAACACCGAGGGCUUUAAUUGAAUAUAGAACACAAAUGUCUCUAAGCUUUUAGGAUUUUGACAAGACUUUUAAAAAAUUUGAUGUUUUAGCAAAAAAAAAAAAUGUCUAAGUUUCUAGCUAAUUUUAAUGUUCUAUUUUACCGUUAUGUUAAAUAUUAAACUUUUAAUAUAACAAAAAAGCACAAAAUUUCAAAGAACUAUAGGGGAUAAGCUAACCAUACAUACAUACAUACUAUUAUUAUAACACAUUCAAAAAUCGUCAAGUCUCCAAAAUGAUCUUGCUUUUCACUCUAAGUUGCUUUCUUAACAUAAGUACAUACAUAUGUAUAUUUAGAAAAUUAAUGACAAAAUUAUCUGCCAAUAGCUCCAAUCUAACAAACUUCAUAAAUUUUUGUAUAAAAUAAUUCCAUUUUUCAAAUAUUCGCAAAACAUACUUGUAAGAACAAAAAUACUUUUAUUAUGCAUACAUAUGUACAUAAAAAGAAAUUUAUAAUCCAAAUUGCUAAUGCUUACUAAAUAACAAUAAAAUCGAGUUCAACAAAGAAGUAACCCUGAAAAUAUGCAGUUCAAAAUGCUUCUAAUGCAUUAAAUAAUCAAUACAAAAUUAAUGAAUGUAACAAGCUGCAACUAUACAAGUAUAUUCACAUGCUUUCCUUCACAUUCUCAAAACAAAAAAUAGGAAAAAUUGUUUAAAGUAAUAACUAAGUGAACAUGCCACUUCUAAAGUAACUGUAAAAGCCAAAGCUAGUAAAUUAAUUUCUGGAAAAGAUAUUAAUGCAGUCAAAUAAAAUCGGUAGGAACAAUUUUAAAUUAAUUUAAAAAUCAUACGCAUACACUGGUGUUAAUAAUCGUAUGCAUAUAUACAUACAUACAUACAAGUAGAUAAUACAUACAACAAUUUACAAAAUCACAAAAACAUGAACGAAAAUACCAAAUAUUUUAUGUACCUAUUGUAUCACUUAAUAAACAAACAAAAGAAGCAAUGAAGUAGGGAAGUGGAAGGGAGUAGUUGACAUGAAGAAGAUAGAACUGAGAUAACAUGUACAGAAGUAAAAAAUACACACAUACCACAUAUACAUAUAAGUAUAAUAGACAGUAAGCAAGACUUAAACAAUAUCCUCACACUCACUGACAUUCAAACUAAUUCACCAACAAUAUUCUCACACUUCAACACUUCCACACACACAUUCUUACAUACAUAUAUACAUACAUUAUUUCUAACGCUCAUUAUAUUUUUCUUGAAUCUUGCAAAAAAAGUUUAAAUUGCAAAAUAAAAAAGAGAGCAACAUUAAAGACAGUUAGUGUGGUAUUACGGUUAUUUGCAAAAUAUACACAAAAAUCUCACAAACAAAUACAUAUAUAAGCAUAUACACAUGCAUACAAACAUACACACGUAAUUGCACUAGCGAUUACAAGUAAAACAACAAUACGUCGAAAACAAAACAUUCCCAACAACAAACCAAAACAAUACAAAUAAUAUUCAAUCGUUGACUAUCCAAUGUUGCCCACAAAAUGAAAAACAUGUUUACACCUAAAUUUUUUAUAUACUAAAAUAAUGAUUUACUAUUUAUAUUUACUUAGUCAAAGUAAAAGCGAUAUGUUGAUAAUAAGCAAUGGAAAAUAAAUACCGUAAUAUAUACUAUAAAUAGGAUUUACGUAUUAAAAGUGGUUUACUAUAAAUCCUUCUAAUCACGACCGUUAUUGCCAACUACAUUUCUAAAAUUAUAUUCAUCUUACCACUCACAGCUCGCAGUUAGCUGGCAAGCCAAGCUUUAAAAUUUCAAGACAUUUAGUUAUUAUGGAAUAAAUGGCAGCAUUUAAAAGAUAACAAGUACACUUACCAAUUCUAUUAAACACACACAAACAUUUAUACACUUGUUAAAAUCACGCCCACUAUUCACUAUAUCUACUUAUAUACUCGUUGAAAGCAUAAAACGCAACGUUUACAAAUUCAUACAAACAUACAAAUAUACCAAUCUUCAUGUGUAUGUAAGUUCUCAGUUACAAUCAUACGUAUGUACGUAGUAUUGCAGAUUGUUCACAAUUUUACUAACGCAUACAUACAAUACAGAAAUGUUUACUUACAUACAUAAAUUACAAUACUUAGCAAAAAUCUCCCUAGCAAAAUUUUUGUUUAAUAACUAUUUACCAUGAAAUUAAUAAAUUGCGAAAGAAACAGUCAAAUACUUUCACAGGUUAUAAAUUUAUCUGUAACUGAAAAAUAGUAAAAGAAAUUAGGCAAUUAAACGGUGAAUGCACAGAUGAUAAUUACAAACUACAUAAUAUGUAUAAAAAUAAAUUUAAAAUAAUAACUAUAAUAUAAUAACGAUGAUGAUAAUGAUGAAACAGACAAUUGUUAUACGGUAUUAUUAUACUUUUUCUAUAACUUAUAAUUUAUUUAAUAAAAGUAAAUGCGAAAAAAUCGUAAAUACAUAAUUGCAAAAAAGAAAAUAUUGCAGAAAAAUUA